AUGCCACCUUCUACUGGUCCUUGGGUUUACGGAAGCAUCGUCGAACCUUCGCUGCAAUCACUUUCGGCAGGGCUUAACGAACCGAUCUCACAAGAAAUAUUUCUCGAAACAUUUAAGAAGAUUAUCAACAAUAUCAUCCAGCGGCUUCAUGAGCACCCAGUUAUUGUUGCCCACAGCGAAAACAGUUUCGACGGAAGUGUCAUUCGCAGAUUGCUAUCCAACAGAUUCGAGCUAAACAAGUUGCUAGAUGUGGUAUGGAGAGACUUGCCAAAGGAUCAGAGUGUAAAUGCAUCAAAGGAGUGCAUUUUAUUUGCUCUUGAUAGGCUAGCAAUUUCAACAGAAUUUCCUCCUCGGGUAUCCAAUGACCAGGUUGACGUAAUCGUGAAUGAAGUCAUUGAGAUGGUCAAUGUAGACAACAUAAAGAGCAUGAAUGAAUAA